GUAUGACCAGACGCCCUUUUACAAGCGGCGGCCGAUUCUCGAGAAGCCUCUCCUCCGCUUCCAGAUUCGCCGGAACCCUAGGAAUACCAAGAGCUCAGAUGGCCGAUCCGAGUGCCUUCGGAGGGAACGAUGCGGAUCGGAGCCGAGAAUCCAGCGGGCGACGUCUUUAUAAUCCCUACCAGGACCUGCAGAUCCCAUACCGCACCCUAUACGACCUCCCUACCUCGCCGGAGUUUCUUUUUGAGGAAGAGUCCCGCACGCAGCGCCGAUCCUGGGGCGAAAACCUCACCUACUACACGGGCAUCGGAUACCUCGCUGGCUCUACUGCCGGCGCCUCCGUCGGCCUCCGCCACGCCUUCCUCUCCUCCGAGCCCGGAGACACCACUAAGAUCCGGAUCAACCGCAUCCUGAACUCCUGUGGCCAGGAUGGCCGCCGGAUCGGCAACCGCGUCGGUGUCAUCGGCCUCAUGUACGCCGGGCUGGAGAGCGGGAUGGUGGCGGUGAGGGACACCGACGAUUGGGUGAACAGCGUCGUCGCUGGGCUUGGUACGGGGGCCCUAUUCAAGGCCGCGAAUGGCCCCCGCUCGGCGGCUAUAGCUGGCGCCAUCGGAGGGCUAAUGGUUGGAGCUGCUGUCGCCGGAAAGCAGGCUUUAAAGAGAUACGUCCCCAUCUAGGGUUCGGUUUCUUCCUCCCUGUCGUCCUUAGUUAUUGGAGUCUGAUAUAUUGAUGGUACUUGUGCUAUUUUUUUUGCCAGUUUGAGACCUUAACAUGUAAGGUAAAUGAACGGAAUUUCUGAAACAUUUGUUGUAAUAACAUCGACAAACCAAUCAAAUUCGUAUAGGAUCUGCUUGCAUUUUGAA